ACCUGUGCAAGCCCCUCACCAACUCAUUCACCCAUGGGAGUUUGAAGUGACAGAAUUAAUCUACAGAGACGAGGCUCUGGAUAACAUUUCAGAGAGCUGAGAGUGCACAGAGAGAUACACAUAGACAGACAGAGCUACAACUGAGUGAGACCGCAGAGAAACUGACCCAUAACUGCAGAUAUACAGCACAUCCACAUACCACAAAAGUUGGAGUCAUUGUCAUGUUGGUGGUGUCACUGAUCCUGCAUGCCAUCUUGUGUGCCCAUUCUCACGGGUUGCCAGGUGCUGCUGUGCCCGUUAAACAGUGCCCAUCUGCCUGCCAGUGUGAGGAGGAUGGCAUCUUUCUCCUCGUGGACUGCUCUGAACAAGGACUAUCUGCAGUGCCUUUUGACCUUAGUCCUUUGACAUCCUACCUGGAUCUCAGCAUGAACAACAUCAGUGAGAUUGAGACCAAUGCCUUGCACAACUUGCACUUCCUCAGUGAACUGAGACUCUCAGGCAACCACCUGAGACACAUCCCUGGCCCUGUGCUCCAAGGUCUCUACAACCUCAAAGUCCUGAUGUUGCAGAAUAACCAGUUGGAGAGAUUGCCCAGUGAAGCCCCAUGGGAAUUACCCAAUUUGCUCUCUCUACGUCUGGAUGCCAACCUGAUUGUGGAGGUGCCGGCAAGGACCUUCUCAGGUAUGCGGUCCCUGCGUCACCUGUGGCUAGAUGACAAUGCCCUGACAGAGAUCCCAGUGAGCGCACUCAAUGACCUGUCCUCGCUUCAGGCAAUGACCCUCGCCCUUAACCGCAUUACCCACAUACCAGACUAUGCUUUCAGAAACCUCUCCAACGUGGUUGUGCUGCAUCUUCAUAACAACAUGAUCCGGACUCUCGGACAGAACUGCUUUGAAGGACUGAACAGCCUCGAAACCCUGGAACUGAAUUUCAAUGACCUUCAAGAGUUCCCUGUGGCCAUAUGCACGCUGGCCAAGCUUCAGGAAUUGGGUUUCCACAACAACAACAUCAAAGCCAUUCCUGAGAGAGCAUUUGUGGGGAACCCACUUCUGCAGACCAUUCAUUUCUACGAGAAUCCCAUUCAGUUUGUUGGCAAAUCAGCAUUUCAGUUCUUGCCAAAGUUACACACACUCUCUUUGAACGGGGCCACUGAGAUCCGAGAGUUUCCAGAUUUGAAAGGAACCACCAGCCUGCAAGUUCUCACGUUGACCCGAGCUGGACUGACCGGCCUGCCAUAUGAUCUGUGCCACCUGCUGCCUAAAUUAAGAGUGCUGGAGCUGUCUCAUAAUCUAAUCGAAGAGCUGCCAAGCUUCUACUAUUGUGCCUGCCUCCAAGAGAUAGGCCUGCAGCACAAUCUGAUCAGACAGAUAGAGAUGAACACAUUCCAACAACUCAACUCUCUGCGCUCACUGGAUCUGAGCUGGAACAGGAUUGAAACUAUCCACCCUGAUGCCUUUUCCUCUUUUCAGUCUCUUGUUAAACUAGACCUGACCGGGAACCAGUUGAACACUCUCCCAUUAGUUGGCUUGACCAGUCUAACUCAUCUUAAACUGAAAGGCAACUUAGCUCUCUCUCAUCCCUUUAGAGAGGAGGACUUCCCCAACAUAAGGGUAAUUGAGAUGCCAUAUGCCUAUCAGUGCUGUGUGUUUGGAGCCUGCAACAGCUACAAAGCUGCCAGCCAGUGGGAAGAUCAGACAGGGAGUGAAGAAGAUCUUCAGAAGAAAGCCCUGUCCCUGUUCCCGACUCACACUGACAACAACUAUGAUCUUGACUUGGAGGAAUUCCAGUUAGCUAUUGAGGAGACCAAACUACAAACUAGCAUCCAGUGUACCCCCAUCCCAGGUCCAUUUAAGCCCUGUGAUAACCUGUUUGACAGUUGGGUGGUACGCUUUGGGAUGUGGCUCAUCUCUUUAGUCUCGCUGAUGGGAAACAGCUUUCUUCUUGUGACAGUCUUUGCCUCCCCCAGCUAUCUCUCACCUGUCAAGUUCAUCAUCGGCACCAUCAGUGGAGCCAACCUACUGACAGGCCUAUGUACUGGCACCUUGGCACUGGUUGACACUCAGACAUUUGGAGCAUUCGCCCUGCAUGGUGCACAAUGGGAAAUGGGUGCUGGUUGCCAGGCAACAGGCUUUCUUUCUGUGCUGGCCUCAGAGGGAUCCAUACUCUUCCUCACCUUGGCUGCAGUGCAGUGCAGUGUGUCUGUAUCCUGUGCUCGGGCCUACGGAAAGUCACCCUCUCUGGGAAGUGUGCAAGGUGCAUCAGUAGCAUGUUUGUCACUUUCAUUAGCGGUCGCUGCUUUGCCGCUAAUAGGGAUCGGGGAGUAUGGGGCAACUCCACUCUGCAUGCCGUCACCACUGCCAGAUGGAGAACCCUCCACGUUGGGAUUCAUGGUAGCCUUGAUCAUGAUGAACUCCCUCUGUUUCCUGGUGAUCACAGGAACCUAUAUCAAGUUAUACUGGGACCUGAUGAAGGGCGACUUUGACAGCAUUUGGGAUUGUGCUAUGAUCAAGCAUGUUGCCUGGCUGAUCUUCACCAACUGCUUGCUCUACUGCCCAACGGCCUUCCUCACGUUCUUCUCUCUUCUGGGACUCUUUCCAGUAAACGAGGAGGUGGUCAAAUCAGUUGUCCUGGUGCUUCUGCCUCUGCCCGCCAGCAUCAACCCCUUGCUCUACCUCCUGUUCAAUCCACACUUCCGCGAAGAUGUACGUCUACUCUUGAGCAGACCUCACCUACCCCAUGACAGCAACCUGGAUUCUUUUGUGUCUGUUGACACUGAGAAAAGCUCAUAUGACUCCACCCAAGCCCUGGUGUCCAUUGCCACUGAAGCAGACGCAGUGUUCGAGGGUUCAUCUGUGCCAGUGCCAGUUGCCCAGUUUUCAUGUCCACCCUCAGUUCCUCUCAUCCCAUGCCAGCUGCUGAUGAAACCCUCAACAGAGAGGGAGAACACUGGAGAGGACAUGGUCAGGUCAACAUCAGGUCUCAGUGCGAAAGAGAAGGAACAUUCGAGGAGCAGUGGGCUGGACACUCAUAAUGGAACCUCUUUCUCUGGAAUCUACCACUCACCUAUUCACUCAUCUCAUUCUUAAGUCUUCCUAAACUCUGCAGUUUUCAAGGACCUUCCUGAGUGUGAAAAAUCUUGAGCCCAUGAACUGACCCCAAAACCAUCAGAGCUAAUGAACAAUGCACUGACUCUGAUAAUUUGGGACUGUAUACCUGCAAUUUAUAAUCCCCUUUACUAUCUAUGGGGGAGGUGGAAAAGAGAACACCCCAAUAGCAUAUUAGGACACAAUCUUAUGGGUCAAACUUAUUAAACAAUUUAACCAUCAAUCAAAAAAAGCUUUGUCAUUUAUUUUGUGCAACUUCAUGCAAUACUGGUAUUACAAAAUAUAGAUUACACUUAAAGGAAUGUUUUGUGUUCAAUACAAGGUAAAUUCAAUCAAUAAUACCUGUGGAAUGCUGUCGAUUAUCACAGAAAAUAAUUCUGACUCGAACCUCAGUUUGUGAAAAGCAAAAAUUACAGGUGCUGUAAUGCACUUACAAUGGAAGUCUGUCAGGCAAAAUAUUGCACUGGGAAAAUCAUUAAAUGAAUAUUACAGUUUCAAUACAAUUUAAGCUCAUUUGACAGCAUUUGUAGCAUAAUGUUGAUACCACAAAACCUCAUUUGAACUCGUCCCUCAUUUUCUUAAAAAACAAAAAUAAAAAUGUAAAAAAUCUGGGUUACAGUGAGGCACUUGGAAGUGAAUGGAGGCCAAUUUGUAAAUGUUCAAAUACUCAGUUUUAAAAGUAUAGCCACAAGAUGUAAAAAAAUAUUCUUGUAAUAUGGUUUUAAUGUGAUUAAAAACCACUUACAUUUCUGUGUAGUUAUUUUCAAUUUAACAACUUUGUUACCAUGACAUAAUGCCAUAAACCCUUUAAUCCCAAUAGUGAUUUAAACAACUUCUCAACUCAAAAAUGCAUUUACUAAUAGAAGAAUCAAAGUAAUUUAAUAAAAUUGGCCCCAUUCUCUUCCAUUUUAAGUGCCUUUGCAUAAAAUUUAUUUUUCUUUUUUUUAAUAGGAGGGACCAGUAAAAAUUCUAUUUUGUAGCAAUCAACAGAAUACCACAAACAUAUUGAGCUUAACUUGUACUGAACCUGUAAUAUUCCUUUAAUACAAUUUCAAAGUACAGCCAUACAAGCCUUACAUUAUGUUAACGAUGUGCAGUUAUGAAACCCACAAAACUCCUUGAUGUUGAUAGAGAUUUACUUGUUUGAACCUGGUACAUUCCUUUAAUAAGGAUAUCACAGGGAUGUUUGCUGAUGCAAAUUAGAAACAUACAUUUGUGUACAUAUUUCAAUGUGAAAAUGUACUCAUAAAUAUGCUUUAAUUGCAAAGUCUGUAUAUAUCAAAGUCUCAUAAUUGCAUCUUAAUUAUUUUCAAGUCAAAACUUUAUUACCUGCCACUGGUGAAUGAGAAUAAUUUACAGGAAGGUAAAUACCUAUGUACAUUGGUAAAUAAUAUUUAGUGAAUGAAAACCCAGAGACACCAUGCUAAAAUGUAACAAUGUUUAUUUUCAGAGUGUAAUAUUUUAAACACGUCAUGUUUCUCUUUUUAGAUCAAGUCCAGAGGAUUAUGGAAAAGCAACUGAUAUUGGGUUUAGUAGCAUUUUAUACUGAACAUGCCAAUGAUAUAUAACUGAAGAUAUAUAUAUAUAUAUAUAUAUAUAUAUAUAUAUAUAUAUAUAUAUAUAUAAAUGUGAGUGGUUUGGUUAGGUUGUGAUAAAGUUUGAUCAGAUUCUUUUACAGAUUGUAAAGUAGGCUAGCUAUUGUACUGUAAAAUAUAACUACCUCUGAU